CCACGGCUGCUCCACCGCGGAUGCCGCGCCACGGCGGAAGAGGAGCUGGAGGCGCUGAGGAGGCAGAGGCUGGCAGAGCUACAGGCCAAGCAUGGGGAUCCUGGGGAUGCGGCACAACAGGAAGCAAAGCACAGGGAAGCAGAAAUGAGAAACAGUAUUUUAGCCCAAGUACUGGAUCAGUCAGCCCGGGCCAGGUUAAGUAACUUGGCACUUGUAAAACCUGAAAAAACUAAAGCAGUAGAGAGUUACCUUAUACAGAUGGCAAGAUAUGGACAAAUAAGUGAGAAGGUAUCAGAACAAGGUUUAGUAGAAAUCCUUAAAAAAGUAAGCCAGCAAACAGAAAAGACAACAACAGUGAAAUUCAACAGGAGAAAGGUAAUGGACUCUGAUGAAGAUGACGAUUAUUGA